AUGAGCUCAUUGAAUGCUUUCCAGCAGACAAUUCUGAAUAGCAGCAGGGAGGAUGCGUUCUCAGGUCCUGAAGAGUUGUCUUCCAACUCGAAUUCCCCCAGCUCUACCGCCUUUACGACUGAUGGAAGGACUUCACCCUGUGGCUCGAUAUCAGCGACGACUGAAGCAGGUCGCCUGAGCGUUACUUCUGUCCCAGCUGCUUGUCUAGCCUGUCGAAGCAAGCACCUAAAAUGUGACGGAGUGAGUCCAUGCUCCCGUUGUCUCACUUCUGGUUCUGAUUGUGUUUAUGUCGCCUCGAGACGUGGUUACAAAGGCCCUCGACGAAACACCACCCAGAAAGUCACGAAACGUCCCAGCCCAUCACCUGGCCGAUCUCGAGUACCAAGCCGAAGUGGUGAUGGCUCCAUGUCUCUUCGAUCAACGCACUCUCCAUUUCCAGUACCAAGACAAUCUCCUUCUCUGGGCACGGAUUCUACCUUCUGGGCUCCUUACAUGGGCGACGACACGUGGAGCUCACCAUUGCCAACUCCAUUUCUUGAUCCCGCUUUGUCCACGAGAAACAGUAUGGAAACUGACAUGUCUUUCUUUCAACCAUACGGCACUGCAGAUCCAUCCAAUGACACGUUCAAUCUUUUCACCAACCAACACCACGAAUCUAUUCCUACACAAACCAUAAUACCUACUUUUGCCGAACGCUGUAUCGACUAUUUCUACAAUAAUUUCCACGAUGCUCAUCCCUUUGUAUUGCCAAGGAAAACUCUGCUCAGCAUUGCGCACGAGACAGCAUUGGAACCUGUGGUCGCUGCAAUGCGCUGGAUAGGUUCGCUGUAUAUACCUGCGUGUCCGCAUCGGGGUCAACUCUUCCAGGAAGCUCAUCAAUUGAUCUACAAGCAUGAUCGUCGCAAAGACGGAUUUCUGGUCCAGGCGCUGUUGCUUCUCUUAAUUUGUCUUGACGGACAGGGCCUACAAGAAAAGGCCAGAGAAAUACUGUCUGAGGUUGAGGCAAUUGCCAUUGAGAUAGGCCUCAACACAAUAUCCUUUGCAAAUAUACACGGACGCGGGAUGGCAGUGAUGGAAGAGAGCUGGCGACGAACUUGGUGGGAACUUUUUGUAAUCGACGGCCUGAUUGCUGGGGUUCACAAGAAGACGGACUUUCCACUAUUCGACUUUGUUUCUGGCGUUGCGCUUCCCUGUGAGGAAUACCAAUACCUCUCCGAGGACAUUCCACAGCCAGCAUACCUCGAAGAUAUGGAUGAUAGUAGCUUCUAUGGUCUGAACCGUGAGUUCUCAUCGUUCACAUAUCGCAUUAAAUCCGCUCAGAUCCUCGGCAAGCUCUUGAGGACUCGUCCUACUACUGGACCCGACGAUGAACGCCUCAGCCGUAUCGAGACAUUACUUACAGACUGGCGUCGCAGUCUACCGCAGUCAAAAAAAGACGGGUUAUACCAGAGUGGCAGAUUAGACGAGAUGAUGUUCCAGGCGUAUAUGAUAGCCCACACCACGUCGAUUCUGCUUCACCAACCGUACUCACAGUUAAACUUGUCAUCAAGCCAACUGGCUGACCCAAGCACUUUACAUGGCUCGAAUGAUAGUCUCGACGCCCAUACAAAAUACACGAUAUAUUCCGCCGCAGAAAUCAGCAAACUCCUUACCCAUCGUGUCUCACUUCUCUCACAUACACACUUCCUCAACUAUGUGGUACGAAUGUCCUCCUCGAUACAUCUUACCAAAUGGGCUCUGCCCCUUGCACCACAAGAAGACAGCUACAGCAACUUACAUCGGUUUAUUCGACUCAAUAACACUGUUUUCUCAAAAAUGGCUCCAAUAUGGAGCGCUGCUGAACGAGAAGGCCGCUCAGCGAAAAGCAUGGCGCAGGACAUCUAUCAAGGGAAGAAACAGAGGCAGCUGAUGCCUCAGGUUUGGUAUGGUAUUAGUCACGAAGCGGUAAUGAAGAUAAUAGCUGAAGAUGAAGCUAUUAUGCAAGAGUUUGAGAGCAUAUCGAGUACGCCUGGCAUGCUGGGCCAGUAA